UCCUCUAACGACUCCAACCGAAAAUCCACAUCUUUAUACUGUUGAAAUAAGCUUCCCCUUUCAUACUGACUGGUGACUGGUUUUCGCCGCAACAAUACUAGCACGUCUGAGUUCACAGACCCAGUCACAAUAGCCUUGCACUGUUGUAGAAACACGCAGCUCUGAUCAUUCCACUUAAGUGUGUAAGUGACGAGUUUUAUAGGGAUGGAAGACUGCAGGGAUAAUGAAAGGGAUUCCAUCAAUUAUUAUAGAAGACGUAGCUACAGGGAAUCUGAGCACACAAGCAAAUGCAGGAUUAAUCCAGCAGGCUGGGCUCCAUCAAUGGGUAGGUAGGUAACUAAUCACAAAAGAAUUAAGAGUAUAAAUUUCACAAAAAUGUCUGCAAUAGUGGGGAAAGUACGCUAAUUAGCCAAUACAAAAACAUUGUUGUCAUUUAGUCUAUUGUAAUGAUCAUAUUUGUUUUCAUCUACAAAUAAGAAUGUAUAGAAUCAAGUUUCAGUUAAUGCGUCUGAAUUACAGACUUUACGUUUUGGAGUCACACUUAUAAAAUAUAAUGCAAAGUUCCCAACUCUCAUUAUUAUGUAUGCAGAAAAUCGUGAUUUAUGUAAAGACUUUUUUUUUUUACGGUUUCUUUCAUUUGUUUCACUUAAAUCUGAGAGACUAUUGCCCAUUAUUAUGAACAUUAAUAUAUGUUACAUACUGUAUGUAGGGGGAAGAUUUGUGUCUGGAAUCCUGAGGCCUAUACAAAUUAGUUAUUAAAACUACUUUUUGUUCUACUUUCAGCUACUUUAGUGAUUUUCAACUCAGUGAAGGCUGUAAGAAUGGCCUGCUAUUGACAAAGGCUGUGUAAUGUGUGUGUGUGUGUGUGUGUGUGUGUGUACUUGUGUGACGCCCACACAAAAUUCGCCACAGACACUAAAAUCUCAAACCUGUCUGCUCACUACGUUUACACUUUUUCACUCCAGUCUACCGUACAGUUGGAGUGUGCUUUGGACUGCUGUGUCUCCUCCAGGCAGGGGCGCAGACGGCACUGGGGGCAGAUUCAUAGUGACCCCGAUCCGUCCCCACCACUCUCCCUACGUAAGGCGACAAUCAUCAGUUAAUAACUCUGCACAGCUGUUGAGGCGAUGUUAGCGUCCCCCCCAGUUCAAAAAUCCCAUCUGCACCGCUGCCUCCAGGUGACUCUUAACAUCCUCUGCGUCUCCACUGUGAGCUCCUUUUCAUUCACUCUCUUCUGAUCAGCAGAGGAUAUAUCAGACAGUUUACAGGCUGGGUUAUAGCCAUGCGCUGUAGAACUAACACAUUCCUCCCUUUCAGUCCUGAGGUUAGCAAAUGACGGACAAGAAUUUCUGAUGAGAUACAACUCAUUGGCUGAAGAAAGAGACCUGUUAAUGACCAAUUACACCAAUCUGGCUGAAGAAAGAGACAGACUUGACAAACGGCUUGAUGAGCUGGUUGGAUGGAAGUGUUAUCAGUCCAGCCUCUAUUUCUCCUCCACUGAUGUGAAAACCUGGAAUGAGGACUGCAAACAGAGAGGAUCCAAUCUGGUGAUCAUCAACAGUCAAGAGGAACAGACACCUCCAUCUGUUGACUAGGUUAAAGUGUAGAAGUGUUGAGUCAUGGAGAUGGGAAUCGACAGCAAUGUGGAAGAACAUUUUCCUCAGGAACCUCCAAUAGAUACAGGAAACAAGACCACACAAGCAGAUGCAGGAUUGAACCAGCAGGCAGUCUACCGUACAGUUGGAGUGUGCUUUGGACUGCUGUGUCUCCUGCAGGUGACUCUUAACAUCACUCUGCGUCUCCACUUCCUGAGGUUAGCAAAUGAUGGACAAGAAUGUCAGAUGAGAUACAACUCAUCGAUUGAAGAAAGAGACCUGUUAAUGACCAAUUACACCAAUGUGGUUGAAGAGAGAGACAGACUUGACAAGUGGCUUGAUGAGCUGAUUGGAUGGAAAAGUUUUCAGUCCAGCCGCUAUUUCUUCUCCAUUGCGGAGAAAACCUGGAAUGAGGCCCGGGAGGACUGCAAACAGAAAGGAGCCGAUCUGGUGAUCAUCAACAGUCAAGAGGAACAGAUCUUCAUCUCAGCACAUGCAAGUGAAACCUGGAUUGGCCUGACAGACAGUGAAAUAGAGGGACGGUGGAAGUGGGUAGAUGGAACUCCACACAGCUUAAAGAAGGGUUUGUGGAUGGCAGGUGAACCCAACGAUGAUAAAAAGGGUGAAGACUGUGGCAAGACUUAUGGAAGAGAAUGGAAUGAUCAAGAAUGCUCUCUAUACUUCAGAUGGACCUGCGAAAAAAAUUUCAACAAAGGAAGGACCUGAAACCUGGCAACCAAGCAAAAUCACAAUGACAUGGUACAUCAGCAUAAAAAAGAAAGAAGCAUG